ACAUUUCAUCGUCUAAUCAAUUACCAACGUUCCAAAAAUUAAAUAUCCCCAAAUUUGAAAUUCGAAAUGCCCCACAAACAUACCUAUCUCUCUUCUUCUCACUUCACCCUCCGGUGCUGACAUCAUCGACGCUGUGAACAAUGUCGGCGAUCGAGAAAAACCUCGUUCAGAUCUUCGAUCGGAAAAAGCGAAUCAUCGAGCAUGCUCGUCAGGAAUCUCGUCUAUGGGAGCAUCACCUUCUUCCUAAACUCAUCCUCAACGGAAUUCCUCCUCCUCCAUGGCUCACCCACUCAGAUCCCAAAGAUUUAAACAGACAUGAAGUUGUUUCUGAAGGUUUACUAUCGCGGACACAAUUUGGAAUUCCUUUCACUGGUCAACAAUGCAGUCUAUACAGCAAUCUGGAUGCUGUUUUCAAUGGUGUUCAUUAUCCUGUUGGUUUACGCAAUGAAGUCUGCGCUUUUAAAAAUGACAGUGAUAUGGGGCGCAGGCUUUCAAUUUUGCCGGAUUGCUCGGUCAACAAUGCUGGAUGUGCUUCAAGUGAUCCUCCAGAAUUGGAUUCAGGUGCUAUUUCACCUCAGAAUCAGAUAGAACCAAGAGUCUCCGAGAGUUUCCAUGACCCAGCAGUGUCACUAGCAAAGUUGCAAAGGUCAAGGUCGAGGCAGAAGGCUCUCGAGGAACGUAAUAGUGCAAUAGCAUCCAACCGGUUGUCAGGAGAUGGUGAUAAUGCUGGUGAUUGUACUGCCGCAGCUACAGGUUCUGCACCGCCGUCUCUACAAGAAGACCAUAUCAAGGAUUUAAGCUUGGUCAAUGAGUUUCAACCCAACAGCCAAAGUUUUUUGAUGGAAGAAGUGAGAAGAGAGGACUGUCUAACUCAAAAAGGUUCAAGGUCUAAUUACUCUGGCCGUAAAACAAGAUCUAAAGCUUCAUCCCAGAAGUUCAACUCUUCGAGUGCAGGUACUUCUUCUGUAGAGAAGGAAGAUGGUCCUCCACUUAAUGAUUUGAAGGAGGUAAUGGAGCUAGUCAACCGGCCUUCUUUUAUAAAUGAAACUUGUGGGGUUCAGGAACCAAAUAUAAUAGAGUUUCAGAACAACGAAGUUGGAAGCAGUGUCUAUGAUAAGAGUUUAGCAAAACCUAAAAGUUCUAGCCAAGCAGAACAUAAUAGUGAAUUGUUGAACUUAGACAGCUCGUCAGGAAGAUACAAAGUGGUUGAAGCAUCUGAUUUGAAGCAACCAUGUUCUCAUGUUGAGUUAACCGAUCUAAGCAAAACCUCCGAUUGUAUCAAUGGAAGCAGGAGGAGUAUAGUUAAAGAUGGUGACUUCUGCCAAACUAAUCAAGAAAGUAACAUUCGAAGUAGGUUAAGACUGCAUAAAAGUUCUUGUCCAUCACCAGGGGAUGAUUUUUUCACAACUGGCGGUUCUGUAAAUUCUAUUGAUAAAUCCGUGCAAUUGCUUCAACCUUUAAUUUCAAAGAAUUUGCAGGACCCCUCAGUGGCCAUUGUUGGGUCUUUCGGUAGCCAAAAGGAACCUCACAUUUCUGCAGGUAAAACAAAAGAACAAUCAAGUAGAAGUGGUUCUGGAAAGGCAUACUUAACCAGAAAUUCAAAGUUUUCAAAGUCUCCAAAUUCCAAUUCACGCGAGCGAAGUGCUGUCCGUUCUGAAUCCGCUGGUAAGAAGUCUCAAAAUGUACAGCUGACCAAACUGGAUCAUAGAAGGUUAUCUACAAGUCCAAAGUAUUCCAAAUUAGAUGUAGAAAUUUCAGUGAAUUCUGCAGAGAAGGAGAACAUUGCCGAAGUUGGUGCUUCUAGAAAUACAAGGGCUGUGACUAGUCACACAACAGAAGGGCCGUUGAUCUCUUCCAGUAUAGAUGGUGGGUCUUUACUUGCAGAAUCAUUAUACAUUAAAGCAGCUGUGGCUGAAAAGGACUUGGAUGUCCAAGAAAAUAUAGCAUCUGAUGUGAAUUCCAAUGAUAAUGCUGAGCACAGAUCUGCUGCAACUAAUGCCAAAGUUCAUCUUGAUUUUGAUGGAUUAGUUGAUAAUGAACCUUCUUGUUUGGGGUCAAGACUCAAUACUGCCAACCCUAAGGUUAGGGAGGAUGUUUCUGUCUUAAGGCUUUCCCCUGAUUUCGUUGUGUCUGUGAUUCCUAAGCAACUUGUUUUUGAUGAUGGUGAAGAGACCAAUAGGGAUGGAAUAAUUAGCCUUGAUUUGAAAGAAGGAUGCCGAAGAAUGUCACUAUAUAAAGAACCGCCGGCUUUGUCGGAACCAUUGAAGUUACUCGAUGACAUACAGGAAGUUCUGGCAGAUUCUUUUUCUGAAGCAGUUACUGAAAAUGAUUUGCUCAGACAUUCAGACAAAAGUGUCACAAACUUUAAUGUUAGGUUCUCAUCUGGUUCUCCUACUGAUGACACAAAUGUUGAUUUGGCACAACAGGCCCCAAAUACCAUUUGCUUGGGUCAAAAUGGUGACUUAUUGCCGCAGGCGCUGCUCAGUAAUGGAAAAGUUACUAAUUUUUCAACUGACUGCCAUAAUUUCAAAAGUUCCACACAGAGUUUUACUAAUAAUGUGGAGCAUUCAUGCUCUCAGCAUAAGAGAAGGAAGGUUGAAAUUGCAACAGAGAAAUUUCUUCCUGACUCUACACUCUUGGCGGAAAAGCCAGUUGAUUCCAUUGACCAAAGGCCUGCAAGUGGAACCUCAAGUAUCAAAGAAGACAAUCCUGAGGCUGUCAUUGAAGUUCAACAUUUGGCAUAUGAUCAGGCGGAUAGUAUAGGAGAUCAACAUACUAGAAAUAGCCCAACAGAUGCGAUGGAAGACACCGAGGAAAGGAAAAAAAUGGAAGGGUCUUCAGUUAAAGUGAGAAAAGAAGAGAAACUUAUAUUGGAUGGAAGAGGCCGAAGCUCAGACAACCUUAUGUUGCCAGAAACAAAUCCGUUCAGUUUUAGUAUUGACUCAAUGAGGUUCAACAUGGACGAGAAGGCGGGGUCAUGGCAUCUUGAGGUUAAUUCUGGACAAGAUAGUGCAGAGCAUCUGACUUGUGUUGAAAGAAGCACAUCAAGUAGAAGAAUCAAUCCCGGAGGUGAUACUGAGUUCUCAGAUGGUUUGUCUGUUUCUCCAGGAUUACGAGAUUUGAAUUUGAUUGGUACAGGCGAAGCUUUACCAGAGUUCGAAGGGUUCCUUAUGCAGACAGAUAAUGCGCAACCAUGCACUGCUCGAGACGAAAUGGAAUUGGAAAGUCUGAGUCUUCCUAGUAACUCCGUAGAUUAUACAUCACUUGGUAGAUCUAGAUUCAUGUAUUCUCCAUCAUGCUAUUCUUCUACUCCAUACAAGUUGCAUAGCCUGGCAAACCUUUAUCAGUCUUUACCUAAUGGACUUCUGGAGGGAUAUGGUCUAAGGACUUCCCGUCCUGCAUACGAUGGGAGUCCAAGGUCCCUUUCUGAUUGCCGACCAAAUUGUAAUGGUCAGUUUACAUCUUCGGUCCAAACUCUUUGGGAUCGAUUUAAUUCGAAUUUCGGCAGUUCAGGAAAGCGUAAGAGUUCAAAACCAGAGCUACCCUGCAUUAAUGAAGAAAAUGAAAAUGUUGACGAGAUUGCUGGUACAUUUCAAAGAGGCAUUGGUUCAGAAGGAAUAACAAGGUCAAUUACCAGGGGACUACUAGCUGAUAUUGUAGAUAAUGCAAACCCUUCAACAUCAGUUUUACAAGAUGCAUUAGCUAGUGGACGUAAGGAUUCUGUGAGCUCAGAAUUUAACUUCGACGGGACUCCCAAUAAAAUAAAAAAGAAACCUGACAUGCAGAAUGGAAAUGGGAUAAGAUUUGCAAAUAAGGGGAAGGAAAACAAGAGUGUAGUAAAUGGUGCCAAGAGGAACUCUGAAUCAGUACGUAAAAGAUCCAGUAGGUCAAAGUUAUCUGGAAAAAAUAGUAUGAAAGAUCCAGUAAAUGGUACCAAGAGGAACUCCGAAUCAGUACGUAAAAGAUCCAGUAGGUCAAAUUUAUCUGGAAAGAAUAGUUUGAAACAACGAUGUCCCACUUUUUCUGGAGGGAAGUCUACACGCAGUAAUAUUGUAUCCAAUCUUACUUCCUUUAUUCCAUUAGUGCAGCAAAAACAAACGGCAGCAGUUUUUACAGGCAAGAGAGUUAUCAAUGUGCCUUCUCUGAUUAAAGCUGAGGCUGCCAAGCGCAAUGCUGACAUUAAAGCGAAUGAGCAAAAGAAGAGGAAGGAGUUCAUGAUGGAGCAGCAGAAGAAAAAGAAGGAGGAAGAAGAAAUGGCAGCAAAAGAAAAAAAACAAAGGGAAAUUGAAGAGGAAAAGGAGAAAGAUAGAAAAAGGAAGCUUGUUAAUGACAUGAAGCAGCAAGAGCAUGGGAAGAUGCAUGCUAAGAAAGCUAGAGCUGCAGGUGAAGAAGUCCGUGAAAGCAGGAAAAUUGACAAUCGUAACAACUUGCUACUGCAAGAAAAUAGACAAGGCAAUGUGCAGAAAAUUUCAGAAACUGAACCUUUGACCAUCAGCGAUCCUGCUAAUAACAAAACCAAGGAAAGCUGUUAUGAUAAGUCAGAAUCUGUGAGCGAAUGUGCCAAUAAAGGAAAGGCAAAAAUGGUUGAUUUGAUCAAAGCUGUUAUAGACAAUGACUCUAUCAUCAAAAACUCACUUCAAGAGCAAUCAUACGAGAUGUCUCCAUAUAGAUCAGAUGAUGAUGAAGAUGAUGAUGUACCAAAUAAUAAGUUUAUGCCAUCAUGGGCAAGUAAGCAUAGCCUGUCAAUGAUUAUUUCUUCCCAGAAAAUUGACCCGGAAAGAAUAUUUCCUCGGCAAAGUUUUUGCGAUAUAGCGAAAGUACUCCUGCCUCGGAGGCUUCUGUUAUAGUACCAGUUCAGGAAUCAGGACGUAGUGAUUCUCUCAUUCAUUUCACAAUAAGGGAUUUUGUGUUAAGACUUGGUCUGUUGUAUACUUGUGGCAGUUUUUUGUAGAGCGUCUUUACGGAUUAAGACGUUGCUGCAAAGAUGAUUAGAGGAUACCUGCGCUAUCUUUUCUGGAGUUGAGCAAUGAGUUCAAAUCAAUAUUUUGAUGCACCCUCAAGUCUGCUGCUUUUAACGAUUUUUUUGUUUGUUUUUGAUAUGUGUCCUUUUGUAAAGUUAACUAGUUAAUUGUAAAAGAAGUCAAUGUAUAUGUAUGAAAAAAUUCAUUGUUAAAUUGUUAACACAAAGCGAAGCGAGGAGUUGUAUCUAUCUAUCAAGGCCCUUGAACAUGACAACUGUUACGUCAGAAUGUAAACGUUGGUUGGCAAGCAUAGAAUGUACCAGCUCUUUGGUAGUAAUGUUAAUGUUGAUUUAUGAUUCA